GAAAAAACGAAUAUUGUUUCGUAAAUAUAUACAAUCCUGUUUGAACGAUAGAUUCCAGCAGAAGAUCAACCGGCUGUUCGACUCCUCCUGUCUGCCUGCCUGGCGAUGAUGACGCUUUUGACACUGAGGUGAGACUCGCACAAUUCGGUGUUCUGAAGCCAGCAGCGCAAAAGAAUGAUGUUGACUGUUAAUGCGCGGUGAGUCGUCCUCGUCGUUCAACUUUCUGUAAUCAGUGCACGAGCCCAGCCAGAAUCCAAUCCGGGGACGGUUGUUGAUGUUGUUGAACGAACAGCUCCGGAUCAAUCCAGGCAAAUCAGAAAGACAAGUAAAGGUCCUUUAUCAGUAGUCGCGGUUCGCAGUCGGAAGUCAGUUGAAUCUCAUCUGCCCUGGAGGAAGCAUCCCGAAUCCUCUUGGUCGGUGGUCCUGUUCCCGUGUGUCCUUUUCGUUGGGUUUCUGCUCUUAUCAACUUUGUAAACUUUUGACCCUUGAGGGGACUUUGCGCAGUGAUUAUACAUAUUUGGUGCAAAACUGGUGUGCGCGAAAACAGAACUUUUAUUUCUCCUCGUACCGAUUGUGAAAACUAUGUUCCCCAACAAGAACUGACUAGUGCGAUAACUGAGUUGCCCUACUGUUUGAGAGGUACAAAAAAGUAACAGUUUCCCCCCAAAAUGUCUACCGUAUUUAAAGCGAAACAGUUGGAGGAGGCGAAGCGGAUGUGCGAGAUAACGAUCACCUGUCCACAAGAGGCACAAACGAAGAGCAGCCUGAUCGUGGUGUCCAAUCGGUUGCCGUUCGUAUUGAAACGGGACCCCAGAAGUGGACAGCUGAGCCGUCAUGCCAGCGCCGGUGGUCUGGUAACGGCCGUGGCUCCAGUCGUCAUCAAAGGCAAAGGCCUCUGGGUCGGUUGGUCUGGAUUGACGCUGACCGAUGAGGAGGAAAAUGCCAUUCCAGAGUCCGACCCAUCUGACAUGACCCCAACGGCUGGGCUGAAGUCCGAGCAGGUCGUUUCGGUUAAUGUGGAGCCGAAAUUGUUCGACGACUACUAUAACGGGUGCUGCAAUGGAACUUUCUGGCCCUUGUUCCACUCGAUGCCAGGAAGAGCUUCAUUUUGCGCUAGUAACUGGCGAGCAUACUAUGCGGUGAAUAAGGAGUUCGCAGCCAAAACUAUCCAUGCCUUGGAGAGAUGUAUAAAGCAGAAUAAAAAUCCUGGUAUUCCGAUUGUUUGGAUUCAUGACUACCAUCUGAUGCUGGCCGCAAACUGGGUUCGGGAAGCUGCCGACGAAAGAAAUUUGCCCUGCCACAUAGCAUUUUUCCUGCACAUACCCUUCCCGCCAUGGGAUAUUUUCCGUUUAUUCCCGUGGUCAGAUGAAAUCCUACAGGGGAUGCUAGCUUGUGACAUGGUAGGAUUCCACAUUCGAGACUAUUGUGUAAAUUUUGUAGAUUGCUGCCAGAGGAAUCUCGGAUGUCGUUCAGAUCGCAAGAACUUGUUAGUCGAACAUGGAGGGCGUUCGGUGCGUGUUAGACCACUACCGAUUGGAAUUCCGUUCGACCGUUUUGUUGACUUGGCGAAAAAAGCCAAGCGCGUUAUUAAAACAAAUCAGAAAAUCAUCCUCGGUGUAGAUCGACUGGAUUACACCAAAGGACUGGUCAAUCGUCUUAAGGCAUUCGAAGUUCUUCUGGAGAAACAUCCGGAGCAUCGAGAGAAUGUAAGCAUGCUUCAGAUCUCCGUACCUUCACGAACUGAUGUGAAGGAGUAUCAAGAACUCAAAGAGGAAAUGGAUCAAUUAGUAGGGCGCAUCAACGGCAGGUUUACCACCGCCAAUUGGUCUCCAAUACGCUACAUCUUCGGUUGUGUUGGUCAGGAAGAGCUGGCUGCCUUCUAUCGGGAAGCAUCCGUAUGUCUGGUUACUCCCCUGCGAGAUGGAAUGAAUCUAGUCGCGAAGGAAUUCGUUGCCUGCCAAAUAAACGAACCGGCUGGUGUUCUGAUCGUAUCUCCCUUUGCUGGGGCCGGAGAAACGAUGCACGAAGCACUGCUCUGCAAUCCGUACGAAAUCGAGUCCGCUGCCGAGGUCAUACACCGGGCCCUGACCAUGCCGGAAGAUGAGCGAUCACUGCGGAUGGCUCGCAUGCGGCGACGUGAAAUGCAACAGGAUGUUAACAGCUGGAUGAGGCAGUUCCUGAAGGCGAUGGACUCGCUAGAGGAGGACGAAAUCGGUACCACAACGAUGCAACCGGUAGCAGUGGACGAUUUCGACGAGUACCUGCUGAACUACGUCGGCUACAACCACAAACUGGCCCUGCUGCUGGACUACGAUGGUACCCUGGCCCCGAUUGCGCCUCAUCCGGACCUGGCAACACUGCCACCGGAAACGAAAAACGUGCUGCAGCGGCUGUCCAAUCACUCGGACGUGUACAUUGCCGUGAUUUCGGGUCGCAACGUGGAAAACGUCAAGAAGAUGGUCGGAAUCGAAGGGAUAACCUACGCCGGCAAUCACGGGCUGGAAAUUCUGCACCCUGACGGUAGCAAAUUUAUCCAUCCCAUGCCGAUGGAAUACGAGGGCAAAGUAACCGAGCUGUUGAAGGCGCUCCAGGAAGAGGUUUGUCACGAUGGCGCAUGGGUUGAGAAUAAGGGAGCGUUGCUAACGUUCCACUACCGGGAAACACCGACCGAGAUGCGAGGUGAGCUGGUGGAGAAGGCACGACAUCUGAUCAAUCACCAUGGUUUCCGGACGGCCGAAGCUCACUGUGCCGUUGAAGCAAAGCCCCCGGUUCAGUGGAACAAAGGUCGGGCCUCGAUCUACAUCCUGCGUACAGCUUUCGGCGUUGAUUGGAGCGAACGUAUCAAGAUCAUCUACGCUGGUGACGACGUUACUGAUGAGGACGCAAUGAUGGCCCUCAAGGGAAUGGCAGCGACGUUCCGGGUUACCAGCUCGCAAAUCGUACGAACAUCGGCCGAGCGACGUCUCCCAUCAACGGAUUCGGUGCUGACCAUGCUGAAGUGGGUCGAACGCCACUUUAUGCGCCGCAAGCCUCGCUCCAACAGCCUGACCUACAAGAACCGCAAGAAGGACGGCGUCAAGAUGCAGCUGGCAUUCGAUUUGGUACCGAAUACAAGUCCCGCCAACAGUGCUGCCAACAGUUCCGACGAGCGAGAUUAACAUUUGGUGCAGGAAACGUGCAACUGAGUCUGUGUUUGUUAUUGUCAGUAGUGAUGUUUGUGCAAUGUCCUAUUUUAAAUGCAAUACCCUUCCAUGCUAGUGAAAUCUGAUUUUGCUGAUGGUGUUAUAGUGUUUCUAAAUGUUACAUUUAGUGAGCGAUUAUAGUUGAUAUUUUAAAAAAUUUAUG